CGGGCUGAUGGGAAUCGUAGUUCUGGAUGGAACUAAAGGGCGAAAAAGAAUAUAAUAUAGAAAUAAAUUCAUAGAUUUAGCGAUUGCUCCAUCUUCUAAAUCAAAAUGGAGGCUCCUUCCAGGGGGGGGUUUAAUUUUAAGAAGAGGCGAAAAGAGCGACACAUUCGGAUGACGGGUUUUCUACGAAUUCGCAGGCUAAAGUUUUAUAUAUAUAUUAAAAAGAAGAAAAAAGUAUGAUCUACCUGGAUAAAAGGUCCUGGAGUCAGAAGUGUAAAGAUCACAAUAUGGAGCUGCUGAAAAUGAUCUGGAGUUUGGCCAGGAUGAAUUCCUCCCGCUUUCUACAUCUAAUUUGUGUUAUGGCUGCCAUGACGGCACCGUAUUUGGCACAUCAUCAUCUCAUGGCCUCGGGGUCUUCUGGAUCCAGGUGUAUCUCCUUGGAGUUGCCCUGGGGAGGUGUGGCCAACUUCACCCUCCCCCAUUGGGGAAGCACCCCCCUCCCCUGCCCUCUUCCCUGUGCUGAAUGGCUGCGAUGGCACCUGCUCUCACUGACCCUGCCCCUGACGCCCACAACCUGCACUUCAAGCUGGCGCCUCCAUCGUCCUCCCUCCCCCUUGGUGAGACCAACGGCGGCUGUCUUCCUCCACCGGCCCCGCCAGACCUGGUAACGAACUACGGCGGAACACCUGGAAAGGAGACCCUGAAACUGGGUGGGGUGUAUACUCCACGGUCCAUCUUGUCUCAGUCACUCUGCAGGGGGCGUUCCUCCAUUCUGGAGUUCAACCUGGAGGAUCUGAGAGGCAUUACCAAUUCCAGUAGAGGGGGCCAAGGUGGACCUCUGAAUGGACUGGCUAAAAGACCUGCAAAGCCAGCAGUGGACAAGCCCCCGAGUCUCUCUAUUCCUGCACUGGAGCCUUGGAUGAAAGCCCCACCGGUUCCUCCAGGAUCUCCUGAUGAGGAACACGAGCAAAAGGGUUCUCGCAUGGAGAAUGGCUCCGACGCUCGUCUUAAAGCCUUGUUACAGCGCCAUGGGGAGAUGGAAAAGAGGGCGCGGUCUAUCCAAAAGCGGCUCCAGGUGGUCCAGGCAAAGCAGGUUGAGCGCCAUCUCCACCAACAGUUAGGCGGUUUAGUCGGGGCUGCCUUUGGCCGCAACACGGAACCGUCUCGUUCCCGAUUGACUGUGGUAACCAGGAAAGCUGAUGCUCAGCGCCGAGGAGAGGCUGGAAGUGUCGUCUCGGAGGCCAUUUUAAAGGGAUCAGCAGCUGAACUUGAAAGGUUAAGUUGUUCCGGCAGCGCCACUUUGCGGGUCUGUGAGCGAGGCUUUGACUCGGACGCCACAGAAAGUAGCUCAGGCGGCGACUCGGACGUGGAAGAGGACGAACUGGGCCAAGUGGACCCGCAGCAGAGCCACGUGCCACUGAAAAGGCGCUGUGAGUGGACCUGGGCUCGGGAGCGGGCAGAUGUUGUGAGUCGGUGGAACUGGUUACAGGCUCACGUCUCCGACUUGGAAUACCGUAUCCGGCAACACACGGACUUCUACAGACAGCUGCGAGCCGGGAAGGGCCAGGUUCUCCUUGGUGAUGCCAGUCCUUCAGAAAGCUGUUUGGGAGACUCAUCGCAUAUUUCACCAGACAGCAGAACCGCAAUCUCUACACCCCCAUCAGCAGACCCUGAACGAAAGGCCGACACUGGAACUACAGAACCGAAAAUCCUGCAGAAGCCCAUUAAUGGAGUUGUUAUGCUGCCCCAGCGUUCAUGCUCGGAGAUUGAAGAGCAGACCUCCACCAAGUCCACCGCUACCAUAUCGGACAGCAGCUGUGUGUGUGCAAGAACAAGGCCUGUCCUCCACUGCAAGAGGAGGAGGGUGGUGAGGCCUGACCGGAUCCUUCCUCUUCAUCGGAAGGUCCAGAGCGGUGUCCCACGACCCUGCGAGGUCUCCUCAUCAUGUGUAAUGUGUGCCACCUUCCCGGGGCUCUCUACCCAGUUCCCAUACAGUGAUCCCUUGUCUGAACGUUUAACGCUGAUGGAUCCCGCCAUUCACCCGGUUCUCUCCUUCCCAGCUGAUGUUCCAGCUGGUCUGCGAUUCCAUGCUCUCCUCCGUUCCCACAACAAGAUGGACAGAUUGAAAUCCGGCAAAAAACUAAAGCAGCGUUCUUCGAAUUCAGUCUCCACCACCGAGAUUCCACGCACAGACCGCUCCCUUGGAGUUUUACAUACUCACAAACUAACUCUACACAGGCCUUUUCCUGAGCUGUCUUCGAAGCAGCACUUGGAAUCCCUACAACGCUCCUUAAAGUGUGACAGAUCACAAGCUCUGAAACCUGAGCGCUCACUUAUUCUCCCUCUACCCCAUCAGAAGAAACGUCAGUUCAGCCCAAUAGAUAGAGAUGGGCGACACGAGAUGGAUCCAGCAGGGCCAAGUCUUGCAGCAGAUAUUGCCCCAUCUCCGUCUCACACCCCUCUCUCACGCCAGCUCUCCACACCAUCGGAUUCAUCCUCACUCAGUGCUGCAGCUGCGGCUGCCAGGAAGAGGCGGUUGGAGACAUCAUAUGACAUUGACAAUAUUGUGAUACCUAUGUCGGUAGCAGCCACCACCAGGGUGGAGAGACUGCAGUACAAGGAGAUCCUCACUCCCAGCUGGCGUGUUGUUAAAAUCACUCCUCUGACUCCAAAUUCAGAUAAGGACAUAGACGAGUUGGAGGAUCUCUCAGAUUCAUCUUUUGCCGCUUUGCAUGCAAAGUGUGAAGAGUCGGAACGGGCGAGGUGGGUCAGCACUAGCCUCCCACCUCAACGUCGGGGCAGCAGGACUCAUCGGACAUCUGAAGGCUCUAUGACCCCUCAGUCUUUCUCAAUGCAGCCACCCUCUCCUGACACCAGUAGCUGGCAGGCUGUGUCUGACUUCUCUCCGCUCAGCCCCGACGUCUUGUCUGCUCCUCCCACGCCCACUUCAAGGGACACUCCGCGUCUGAUCUCCGAGGAGACACAGAGCUCCGUGUCAGACUCAGGUUAUGAAGAGACGACUGUACAUCCCUGGGAGAAGAGACACUUUCCCCUUACCUAUACCCCAAAACCAGAAAUUGCGGGAACCAGCGAACCUACAGACUGGGGAGCUCCACGCCCCUCGCGCCGAUUAUCCUGCAGCUCCCGAACUGCCAAAGACACAGAGGGACCCCCUUCCUCUCCGCCCUGCCCUUCCUCCAGACCGCGGCCCCUUCACAGAUAAAGAACAGUGGCGGGUGAAAAACUUGCAAAGGAAAAUAAAAAAAAUCUAUAUAAAUAUAUAUAAAUCCGACAAGACAAUUUGGCUUCAGAAGAAUCCUCUGUUUGAUAUUCAAACUUUAUCCCCGGAGCAGAGCGCCAGUUUCACAGUUUUUAGUGAAUUUAAGAACUUUAGAGAUCUGUUACCUUCUCCUCGUUAUCUUUGUUUCUUGUUUUUGUUCUUUUUUUUUUUUCUUUUUCCUUUUAAUCAAGCUAUGUUGUAUGUGUGACACCGUGUACUUAACCUGCUGCCGUCCCUCCGGCUCUCUGUGUGCAGCUCAGGAGUCGGAGGUGCAGUUGCUGCAGUUUGUGGCUCCCCAUUUUCCCUAAUGCCUGAACAGUGUGUGCUUGUAACAGUUUGUUCCUACUAGCUCCUCAAGUGCGGCUGCAGCUGAGGUAUCAGAGACGAGGGGGAAGGGCUUAUGGCAUCUCAGAUCCCACCCAUGAGGUACCUCUAUGUUCUUGUAAUCUUAAGAAAGCACUUAUUUCCACGGCAGGAUGAUCUAGGGCAGUGAUGGCUAACCUUGGCACCCCAGAUGUUUUGGAACUACAUUUCCCAUGAUGCUCCACUACACUGCA